UCAUAGUUUUGGAUAAUAUUUUAAUAUACAAAGAGCAAUCGCUUCUCUGAAAAGGUUUUAGGGCUGCACAUUGUAACAAUGAUUCCUAAUAUGGAUCACUCCUUACUCUCUAAACUCCGGCUGACACGCGAAGAAAGCGACUUUUUUACAAGGUUGUUUGUGGAAUGCGAUAAUAGAGGUUGUGGUAUGAUAAGUGGAGAUGUCGCCUGCAACUUAUUUAGAAAAUCUGGACUUCCGGAUGACAUAUUGUACAAUAUUUGGGAAUUCGGAGAUCCAAAUAAUUCUGGAGAAUUGGACUACCUGGGAUUCUGUAUCUGCUGCCGUCUUAUUGCGUUCGCUCAGUCACACGGUCCAUCGGUGAUAACCCAAAACCUCGGCGGCAAGCUGUAUCUAACCCCUCCAAAUGUACUUCCUUCCUUUAAUGAGGAGUAUGUGUUUUCCGCACAAUCUGAAGUUUAUAUUAUAAGGAGUGAGGAUGUAGAGCGUUACACAUAUCAAUUUUCGUGCUUGGAUAUGAAUAUGGAUGGAUAUAUUGAAGGGGAUGAUGCCAGAGACUUUUAUUUAUCACAAGGCGAUUUGGACCAGGAUCACUUGAUGCAUUUGUGGUCUCUUGCAGAUAUAGAUAGAGAUGGAAGACUCACGGUUAAAGAAUUUUGUAUCAUGCAACAACUUGUGCGUGCUUUACGUGAGACUCACUGUUCCCCGCCCAGCAAACUUCCAAAGGAUCUUGAAUCAUUUGCUAAAAAUGCACCGAUUCCAGUAUCUAGUGCAUUAGUUCCAGAUGGUAAUAUACCCUUAAAUAGGAGUAUAUCUCCAAAUGCUCUUCCUAGUAACAGGAAUGCAACUCCGGAAAUCCUUACCGUAAAGGAUUCCGAGUCUGCAAAAGGGGUGAAAAGUGAAGCUCAGAUUUUGUCAGAAAUACCAAAAGACUUUACUGGAAGGCCGCCAUCAGAGCUGUUAAGAAUUGCCGAACUUUGUAUAAAGGGACUUAAAGAAGCUUGUGAUGAUGAACGUGAGUUUGCGACCAAGAGCAACACUGAGGUUGCAGACAUGCAGAAUAGAUUAAAAACAGAGGCAAAGGCUUUGGAGCUAGUUUCUAGUGAAUAUAGAACGUUACAUGGUGAUUCAACAGCCGUUGUGAAGAAGAGAGCCCUCAUGGAACAGAAAUUGAAAGUUAUACAAGAACAAGCCGCAGAUAUGAGAAAAGCGGUAGAGGAUCUCAAGAUACAAAAUAUUGCCUUGAGCGCAGCAUUUGAACGUAAUAAUGAAGAUCUCAGCUCUCUUCAAAAUUCUAGGCAAAUGUAUUUGAAGCAACUAGAUGAAGACAACGCUAUUCUCAAAAUUGAGGAACGCGAACUUAAUGAACUUGUAAAUACACUUCAAGCACUAAAGAGAGAAAAGGAUGUCCUCACCCAAAAGGGCAACGCCCUAAGAGAAUGUUUAAUGCAGUCUGAAAAUGCUACCAAAACAAUGUUAAGAUCACUGGAGCAUGAGCAAGCGAAAAUUGCAGAAGCCCGCUCCCACAGAAUUGGUAUCUUGGAGGAAAAGCUUCGUGUAACUGGUGAAAUUGCCAAAUAUAAUAAUGCUUCAGUUUGUUCUGAAGACAUUGCUGUCAAGAGUUCCAGCAGCAUUGUUCACUCAGCUGCCAGGGGCGAUUUAGAUUCAAAGGGUAUACGCGUUUCCAAUCUUUCUCUAAAGGUUGGCGAUGAGUUCCCUGUGUAA